UUGCAGCAGUAUUGCCGUAAAGUGACAUGUGCAGGGACGGGUAGGUCAUUGGAAAACUGAAUGCAAACUGUGGUUACCCGGGGCUGUGGUAACAAGACCAGAAUAAAGAAGACCCUGUCACUUUGGACUGCAGCGAGGAGUUAAUAUCAGUUUUAAAACAAAAGAAAAAUGCUCCGCUGUGUAUUGCAGCUAAGAAAUGCUACCCGCGGUCUUCCUCGGUCUACUCAUGGUUGCAGUUCGUUCUCCGUCCGGACUUCGGGUAGCAGCCAGCCUCGGUUAUACCAUAACGGCCCAGUCCAUAAAAUGAAGUUCAUGUCUGUCAGUCUUGAUAGGAGGAAUAACACUGUCGGUCAAGGGUGGAAUAGGAAUGAGGGCUGCCCAGGAGCGCCUGGACGAAGGUGGUAUAGUUUACCGCCGCAUCAGAAGGUAACAUUGCCAUCACUUUCUCCAACCAUGCAACUGGGGACCAUUGCUCGAUGGGAGAAGAAAGAAGGAGACAAAAUAAAUGAGGGAGACCUUUUAGCAGAGGUGGAGACAGACAAAGCAACUGUAGGCUUUGAGAUGCUAGAGGAGUGCUACCUGGCUAAAAUUCUUGUGCCGGAAGGAACAAGAGAUGUACCGAUUGGUUCAGUUAUUUGUAUUACGGUGGACAAACCUGAACUGAUUGCCGCCUUCAAAGAUUACACCUUGGAAGCAGCAACAUCCAGUUCUUCUGCAACUAGUGCUGCACCAUCUCCACCACCACCCCCUCCAUCAGUCAGUAUGUCACAAGCUCCUGGUAGUUCCUACCCUCCACACAUGAAGAUUCAACUGCCUGCAUUAUCACCAACUAUGACAAUGGGCACAGUACAAAGAUGGGAAAAGAAAGUGGGAGAGAAACUUAAUGAAGGUGAUCUUUUGGCUGAGAUUGAAACUGACAAAGCAACAAUUGGGUUUGAGGUUCAAGAAGAAGGUUAUCUAGCUAAAAUUCUAAUUUCUGAAGGCACAAGAGAUGUGCCCUUGGGAACACCUUUAUGUAUCAUUGUUGAAAAGGAAGCUGAUAUACAUGCUUUUGCAGAUUAUGUAGAAACUGGAGUUCCAGAUAUCAAGUCUCCUCCAACUCCACAACCAAUGACCCCAUCUCCUGCACAUCUUUCCUCUUCAUUUGCCCCUUCCCCUGUGGUUUCUCCUACUGCUGCUGCUCCUGGACCACCUACUCAUUCUACCAUGAAAGGGAGAGUAUUUGCUAGUCCUUUAGCAAAGAAGAUGGCAGCUGAAAAGGGCAUUGACAUUAGUCAAGUCAAAGGCAGUGGACCAGAUGGACGUGUUACAAGGAAAGAUCUUGAAAAUUUUGUUCCACCCAAAGUCGUACCUGCUACAGCUGCACCAUCUGCUCAAACUCCCACACCUGUCCCCUCUGCUCCUGUGACAACAGUGCCAACUGGGACUUUCACUGACAUACCUAUUAGCAACAUCCGCAGGGUUAUUGCUCAGCGUUUAAUGCAGUCUAAGCAGACUAUCCCACAUUACUACCUUUCUGUUGACGUAAAUAUGGACAAUAUAUUGGAGAUGAGGAGAGAACUAAAUGAGGAAGUCAAGUCACAAAAUAUAAAAUUGUCAGUCAAUGACUUUAUAAUCAAAGCAUCAGCACUAGCAUGCUUGAAGGUGCCUGAAGCAAAUUCAUCCUGGAUGGACACAGUGAUUAGACAAAACCAUGUAGUGGAUAUUAGUGUGGCAGUGAGUACUGCUAAUGGACUGAUCACUCCCAUUGUGUUUAAUGCUCACGUAAAAGGUCUGGCUUCAAUUAGUAAAGAUGUGGCUGUAUUGGCUAGCAAAGCAAGAGAAGGCAAGCUACAACCUCAUGAAUUUCAGGGGGGCACAUUUACCAUCUCAAAUCUUGGGAUGUACGGGAUUAAGAAUUUCUCUGCCAUCAUCAAUCCCCCACAGGCUUGUAUUCUGGCUGUUGGGGGAUCUGAAAAAAGACUACUACCAGCUGAGAAUGAGAGAGGGUUUGAUGUUGCCAACAUGAUGUCAGUUACACUGAGCUGUGAUCACCGAGUUGUGGAUGGAGCAGUGGGUGCACAAUGGCUUGCAGAGUUCAGAAAGUUCCUUGAAAAACCCACCACCAUGCUGCUAUAAGUCCUGUUAUAGAAUUGAGGUUUCAAGUUUAGAGUGGAGUUUUAUUCAUACAUAAGUGAGUGUAUGAAUGUGUACUUUUCUCUGUGUGCAUGUAUUUUUGUUUCAUACAGAUAAUAUGCACACAUGAAGAAAAUGGUCUCAUCUUAAAAAAAAUAUAUAUAUAUUGUCUGCAUGGACAUUCUGCCCUCUGUUACAAGGCUGGUAAAUAAAAGCCAGUGAAUUAUUAUUUGCAAUAAACCAUCACUUAAUUUAACUGGCACUGUAACCUGUGCAGAUUUAUUUUUAUAUGUGUAUAUUUUUAAAUGGCAGUUAGAGUGAAACUGCUUUGUUUGUAUUAUUAAAAGUAACUGUACAUUUUCCAGGUAUACCCUUAGAGUGAUAAAAGAAAAACUCUUUGUUUCUCCCAUCUUCAUUAUUUUAAUAUAGAACAGGAAACCAUGCAGAUUAGAAAUUGAUAAUCAGGUUUGGGAGUUGCAUUAAUUAUAAAUACAACCUUUGCCCACUUGUUUAUUUUUUUUUACACCUGUUUCUAUAUUAAAAAUUACUAUAGGAUCGAACCUUUUAAUACCUUCAUUUUAUUACACCAGGUAUGUGUAAUGUUUUCACAUUGUGAUUUAUUUUUAAACAUCUUGAGCAAAAUGUGAUCAAAAAUACUAAAUUAGUGUUUCUGUACAUUGUUUCAAAUAUAAAAGAUACUUCAGCUUUUGAAAAGUGCCCUUUUGUAUGAAAUACUUUUUUGUUAGGAAUACUUUGGUGUGGAUUUUAGUUAAUAUUAUAGAUAUUGCACUUCUGUGUACUUUAUUUUAAUAUUUUGGAAUGUUGAAUUCAGUAUAUGCAGAACUAAAGUAUCUUCAGGAAACAUUUUAAUAUUAGUACCCACUUGUAUGACUGGUGCCAAAAUAUUGUUAAAUAUUAAAAGACAACCUGAUUAGGUUAAAAAUGG